CCUCCGCUAGUUCACACUCAAAGAUGGCCACGUCUAGUUGAUGAUGAUCUGUCAAAUGUCAGGCAAUUGACGAUUGUCCGAUUAUCAGUGCACAAUGGAUCCAAAGCAAUGGUUUCGUAGGAUUUUGGUUUUGCUAUAAAUUAUACUCUUUGUCUAAAAAUUGAAAACGAAUUGUUUAACACGGAUGAAAGGUAUCAGAAAGAAGCGAGAAGGUUACGUGACGAACAACUGCAAGAAUCAUGUCACGAACGUCGGCGAGUUCGCAGUGCGAUUCAGUCGCUGCUUACAUGGAUGGAGUUCAGGUAAAAAUCGCAGAGGCCUACAAACCACCCAAAAAAAUUGUUGUUCCAGCGGCAUAUUACAACAAAUUACCUGAUGUUUCAAAAUACACGUAUGAUUUGAGUUUGGAAAAAAGCGUACUCGACAAGAUGAAAGAAUGGCGCAAGGCUAGAUCAUCUUAUAUAGAGGCUAGAAAAGCUCGAUUGGAAAAGAAACGUAAAAAGGAAGCUGAAGAAGAAGCUGAAAAAGUUUCUUUACCAUCUUCUCCAAAUCCUGAUUCAUCUCCUUUAACCCUGAAUCCAACUACUUCUGAAAUUACUGCAUCAUUGCCACAACUUUACACUUCACCAACGAAUGAAUUUCCAAAUCAUACAGGAAUUAAUGGAGUUGAUUACUCUGCACUUGAUUAUUCACUUGUUAAUGCUUUUGAUAAUGACACAAGUAGUCCUUUUGACAAUAUGUUAUUGAAAGCUAUGAAUAAUACUGAAGAAUUAGCUCAGGUAUUACAGCCCACAACAGUAGGAGUUUCACAUACUGUGCCUCAGUGGCCUACUGCUACAAAUCUUGAGGAUAUGAUGAACAACAUGUCCAUGAGUAAAAAUGUAGAUGAAACAAAAGAUGGAAACCAAAUUGCAAGAGACUCAGACAGAAUGAAUGAAUCUACUAGUAAUAAACGCACAGAUGCCGUGUUUUUAAUAAUUCAGGAACUGCAAAGGGAGUUGGAUCGACCUAAUGCUGAGAACCGACAACCUUGGCCGGAUCUGGAAUGUCCUCUAGUAGAAGAAACUCCAAAAACCUCGAAGCAAAGUUCUUCUGUUGGUCAAAAAGAGUUGGCAAGGACUUUAGCUGAUUUGUCACCUGAAGAACAAAAUAUGGCUAAACGUUUGAGUGACAUGGGUUUUCCUUUGUAUAGAGUUGCUCGUGCUCUUUGUGAUUUAAAAGGACAAGAUAAUAAGAAAAUUAUAGAAUAUUUGUUAGCUAUACAGUCUCUCGAAGACAAUGGAAUGCCUGAAGAUGAUGCUGUAAAAACUUUAGCAUUAUUCCAGAACGAUCAGCAAAAAGCCAAAGCAUAUUACAAAAGUUUAUGUUAUCUUAGAGAUUUAGGAUUUCCUGAAGACAGAGCAUCAAUGGCAUUGUUGAAGUGUAAUAUUGAUAGAGACAGUGCUUUAGAUUUUUUAAUCGCUUAAUUCUGUGCUGUUGCAAUAA